UCACCACCUGAAACAACGAACGGUAGAGGAUCAAUUGCUAUUUAGACGAAUCUGUGAGGAACCCUAAGCACGAAGAAGACCUCUCUGCGCCGGAUCUCCUGCGGAUCGGAAUACCAGAAGGAGCGAAAGCGGGAGAGCUGCCUCUCCUUCCGCGGUGAGCACUUCGCGUCAUAGAGGACAACGAGCGGAAGCUGUAGCUGAGAAGAUGGAUCGGUACCAGAGGGUGGAGAAACCGAAGGAACAAACCCCGAUCAAUGAGAAUGAGAUCCGUAUUACGACUCAAGGGAGGAUGCGCAACUAUAUCACGUACUCUACCAGCCUGCUUCAGGAAAAAGGUUCGAAUGAGAUUGUUUUCAAGGCAAUGGGGCGGGCUAUUAAUAAGGCUAUUACGAUUGUAGAACUGAUCAAGAGAAGAAUAGUUGGUCUCCAUCAAAAUAUGACUAUUGGCUCUACUGACAUAACUGAUACAUGGGAACCCUUAGAGGAAGGCUUACUACCGCUGGAGACUACUAGACACGUGUCAGUAAUCACCAUAACUUUGUCAAAGAAGGAACUGGAUACAUCUUCGGUUGGGUAUCAACCUCCUUUGCCCAGAGAUCUGCUGAAACCAUUGGCCGAGUUUGAAUAUGGAGAGGGCUCUCCUACGGAGCAAGAAAGAGGUUAUGGUCGACGGGGCAGAGGAAGGGCUUAUGGAAAUGGUCCGCCAGAUUAUGGUGAUGGAAACUGGGAUGGUAGAGGACGUGGAUACAGUAGAGGAAACGGUCCACCCGAUUAUGAUGAAAACUGGGAUAAUAGAGGUCGUGGAUAUGGUAGAGGCGGCUAUGGUCGUGGGCGAGGUCAAGCUUACCGUGGACGAGGCAGGGGUGGAUAUGCUAGCCAGUUUGAUUACCAGCAGGAAACUGGCAGCUAUGCCUACGACGAUGUGGCUCCUGUCCCCAGCCACGGCAGAGGCCGUGGUUAUGGUCGUGGCCGCGGACGAGGUCCAUUUCGGGGAAGGGAUCGCAAUUAUGCUCGCCCGAACGGAAUGAUCCAUGCUGGAACUGAUGGAGCUUAAGCAGGAUGAAUCUCUUAAGUUUCUGCUUUAUUUAUAAAUGGAUGCCUGCUCUGAAUCUAAAAGAGAUGAUAUAGUAGUCGUAGCCCCCAGUGAUGCUUUGUUAGUCUUCUUAUCCACUUUUGAUCUUAAAGUUCUAGGCAGCUAUUGUUUCUUUUUAUUUUUUUUUAAAAAGUUAUUAGAUCAUUUGUAGGAUAUGAUCAGUAGAGCAGUACAUUCUUUUAUUUGUUUGACAAAUUUUAUUAUGAUAAGUGCUUAAUUAGUUCAUUUUCUUUUAA